AUGUUGGACACAGGAGAAAAUCCAGAUGCUCCACAACCUCGUGAGAUGAUUGAUCUUGAGGCUAUUUUUGAAAAACUGGAGAACGAACUUCGCGAAGUAAAUAGGAACGAAGAGACUCUCAAGAAAAAUUUUUCAGAGUUGACAGAAUUGAAGCACAUACUCAGAAAGACACAGACGUUUUUCGAAGAAGUAAGUUGA